AUGCGACCCGGAAUUGCCUUUGAGCUAGCACCAUUCGUUUCUCCCGUGACUACCCAUCACAUCACCGACAACGAACGACCCGCGGGAACCGAAACCUCGACCGAUCAAGCUACCCGCGAGCGCUCCUCCCACACCACUGGCUCUCAUGUCCCCGCGAGCCACCCCCUGGGAAUGAAUCCUGCGGUCGGAUCCCGCACCGCAGGCUCGCCAGACGCCGCCGCCGCCUUGAAGGGUGCCUCGCUGGCCUUCCAGAAGCGCUCGCCGCCACAGCAGACGACCUCGUCCCACCGACCAGCCUCCUCCCUGUCCUCGAGCAGGCAUCUUCCCCCGAGCGCGACGACGACCUCCGACAGCAUCAGCCGCAGCCGGAGCCGCAGCCGGAGCCGAAGCCCACCCCUGCACAACCAGCAGCACAGCCUCGAGCACUACCGCGAGAAUGGCGCCCUCCUCGCCGCCACGUCGUCGGUGGAGAGAACCAGGAGUCCCGGGCGCCUCGCCUCUUCUUCUUCUCCGGCGCGGUCCUCGCCUAUCCGUCAGCGUCCGGGCCAGCACGCCGCGGAUGUGCCGCCAGAGAUGGCAUCCGACUCGCUCCCCGCGGGCCUUGUGGCGGAGCGCCUGCAGCAGCUUGGCGCGUCUCCGACGAGGAGCGCGGCGGCUGGUGCGUCCCCGUCGGCGCACCUGGCCUUGAAGCCUUUGCCCCAGCCACAGACCCCGGCUGGCGCUGGCAAGCUGGAUGCCAAGAGCCCGAGCCUCAUCGCCGCGACGCUCGCGGCGAGCCGCAGCGCUAGCCCAACGCCCACGACGCUGCGAAAACCGCGGCGCGCGCAAGGCUUGAAUACGCUGUCGGACAUUGACGCUGUAGAUUCGCAACCCAUUCCGCCGACGAAUUCGCUAAUCUCCAUGUUUGAGGUGGACAGCGGCGCUGGCAAAGACGUUUCGCCUCCACAGCCGCUACCGACAUCCUCGCCGGAACAUGCGGUGGUACGAAAGAGUGCACGCCCGUCGCCAAUCCCUAUCAAGCAAACUGUUGCCGCUCCUACCCCUCCGGCCCCGAAGUCGGUCUCCAGGCAACGAGAUCGAAAAGUUCAGCCGCAUGAGCCGCCACCAACACCUCCCAAAGUUGCCGAUGAGAAGCCUGCGGCUGCAUAUCCAAGGUCGAAACCUAGGGCAGUCGUGGACGCCACUCCCGCUCCAGCUCCUACAACGCCGGCCUCUGCACCAAAAGCAAUCGUCCAAGCGGCAGCAAGUAAGCCUCGGGUGACACCGCCCAAGGCUAAAGAGAAGCUGAAGGUCGACGGCCCGGCCAAUACCGUCACACCAGCUAAAGUCAUUACGCGGGCUAAAUCAACAACCGCGAUGAGGAAACUCGACGCCAUUGGAGAAGUGACCCCUCCUCGGAAACGUUCACGAAAGCCUUCACCGCUACGACUACCAAGCAAUUCAGAUGAAGCCAACAAUGGCACGUCCACAACACCAAGGCGAAAGUCUCCUACCCCUCGCAUUAUCAGCACGUCUACCCCCGAAGUGCUGUCACCGAAGCCUACGCGGAUAGCUAGAGCCGCCUCUCUCCGAUCCGGCACGCCGCCUCCUACUAUUAUCCUCCGCCCAACGUCCGAUAUACAGUCACCGCCUUUGCCGGAUCCUAAGAAGCGCUCACCUGCCGAGAAGCGAGCGCCCACACCGCCAAAGCCACGAAACAGCCAGAGACUGGCACCUGCAAGGCCUGCCAGCGGCCGACCGCGCGGCAACUCGGACACGCGUCUCACGAGAGCCACGCCCGUCAACAGCAUGUGGGGAUUGCCCAUCGUCUCAAGCACCACCUCGAACACGCCCAAGGCUAGCAAACCGCAACCGCCGCCGAGCAGACGCGAGUCGAUCGUCAGCGCGCCGCCAUCGCCCACGCACGAUCCGCCGAGACGACGGCCCACGCAGCCGUCGCCUCCCAGCCCCAGGCAGCUCAACUCCAUGACCAACGCCAUCAUGGCGAGCUCGCUCGCGUCGUCCCGCCUCACGCCUCACAGCACCGGCUCCUCCCCGCUGCCACCGCCCCCGCUGCCCAUGCGCCAACGCUCGCCGCACCUCCUGCAGACGCUGCGCCGGCCGCAGAGCGAGCCCGAAGAUGACCACCACCAGGGGCGGCAGCGCAAGGCCCACCGGCACCGGCUGCACGGCUCCAAGCACACGCACCACGAGGGCUCGCGCCGGCGCUGGCGCGACCAGGUCACCGACAAGGAGCGCAAGCGGUACGAGGCGCUGUGGGCCUCGAACCGCGGCCUCCUGCUGCACGGCGGCGCGGAGCUGUCCGACUGCGUCGCCGACGUGGUCGUGCGCGACAUCUGGCGCCGCUCGCGGCUGCCGGCCGAGGAGCUCGCGGAGGUGUGGGAGCUGGUGGACCGCGGGCGCGCGGGCCGCCUCACCAGGCAGGAGUUCGUGGUGGGCAUGUUCUUGAUCGACCAGCGGCUGCGCGGCCGCAAGCUGCCGCCCAAGGUGUCGGACAGCAUAUGGGGGAGCGUCAACGGCGUGACGGUGCUGAAGCCGCCGUGGCCGAAGCACUAA